UGCAGCUUUAAGUUCCAGCCUCCCGGCCUCAGCUCAGAACACACAGCUACUCACACCAUGAAGCUCAGCUGCCUACUUGCCCUUUGCCUCACCCUCUGCCUGGUGGGCUUGGCAAGCUCAGGAGAGACCUCAGACAAUCUCAAACAAGAGGCUUCCCAGGACUUGUUCCAAACGCCCCCUGACCUGUGCCAGCUCCCCCAAGCAAGGGGCCCCUGCAAAGCUGCUUUGCUCCGAUACUUCUAUAACUCUACAUCCAAUGCUUGUGAGCCCUUUUCCUAUGGUGGUUGUCAGGGCAAUGACAACAAUUUUGAGACCACAGAGAUGUGUCUGAGGAUCUGCCAACCCCCUGGCCUUAGGCGCAGUACAUGGGAUCGUCAUUCUUCGUUGCAUCCUGCAGGACCGCUGGUUCCAGCAUGCGGGGUCUAGUUGCCUAACCAGGGAUCGUAUCUGAGCCCCCUGCACUGAGAGCCUGGAGUCUUAGCCACUGGACCACCAGGGAAAUCCCAUACUCAGCUGCAUUCUUAUGUCACACCUGGUGUGUUUACUGCUUGAAGUAAACUUGAGUAAAAGCAUCUUGACCCAG